CUUAGGGCUGGAUUCAUGUCUGUUCAUUAUGAAAGUUUAGAUUCAAAACUUUUCAGUUUUUCAUUAAAAAUCACAUUUUGUUAAAUCAGACAUUCCUCUCUUACCGCACUACCUAAUAUUUAAAUGAUUUAGAUUGUUUAGCUCAUGUUAAUAGGAUGGCGUGUAUUAUAAAAAUUAUUUCAUUGUGUGUUUAUGAAAAUUUCAGAAACUUUGAAAUCUCCAGCUUCUCAUUUUCAAUCAUACAUCUCCAGCUCAUUUUUCUGUGUGUGCUCAAAACCUUCGAGCCUGCACCACUUUCCCCUCCCCACCAAAUCCCUCACCCCUGAAGCCAAGCACGUGGGGCACGAGUUAUGAAAUUAGAUAGGUGGUCAGAGUGGGUGCUGGAAGACCAGGUGCCCUUAGGGGAGAGCAAAGCUGGAGACCAGAACCCAGGUUGGGUCCAAGGAACCACACAGGUGAUGGAGAUCUGCCUGUUAAGGAGGUGCCCGGAGGCUGCCUGAAACUCAAAACUCACCAACCCAGGAGGGAUUCAGACCUCAGGGCUUGUUCUAGGUGGAAGGAGGAAGAGAUGGUCGUGCUAUUCCAGGACCCUCUAAGUAAGAAGUAUUGGAGGGAAGCACAGAGGAAAUCCAUGGAGACUUCGCCGUGGAGGAGGGACGAUUCUUCAUAGGAAAUUCAGAAUGUUAGAAUUCGUCUGGUUUACCUCGCUAAACGCCGCCAGCCUCUUGGUGCAGUACUAGUGGUUGCCGCACGGGGACAGCACAGGAUCAAGAAGAAGAAGGCAGGCUACUCACCAAGCAGAGCUCCUCUCUACUGAGAAUCACGCUCACUGGCAAGACGUCGCUGAGGGGUGGGGUAGAAGCUCCGUCACAGCAGUGAGUUGGGGGUCUUUGGAUUCGUUUUAAAACAAUGUUGGAGCAGAGACAAGUUAGAAGCACAUCAAGCAUCAGUGAAAUCCGUAUGAAAAGCAUCUUGAGAAGUCAGAUCAUAAGCACCGUGAGCUCUGAGACCAGGUUUCAUGCCUGGCCAGCCCCAGGCCCCAGCACCCAGCGCUGCCGACGGGAAACUGCAGGGCACUCUGCUGGGUACCAGGGAGCAACCCGCUUGUCCUCAAUAUGUAUGUUUCCUCAAGUGUAAAUUGAAGAUAAUCCAUCCAUGACCGUUGUGAAGAUUACAGGUCUGACCACGCGCUGUGGAUACAGCUUGUCAAUGUCCACUGUCAGGCCCUCAGGAUGCAGUGCCCGCCAGGGGGCAGCAGGUCUCGGCCGAGCGGCCGGCCGCCGCCGACGUCAGGACCAGCGCCCCGCCCCGUGACCGUGACCCUGGGCGGCGCGGGGGCAGCGUACAGCUCCGCAGGCUGCCGGCGCGGCGGGAGCGCUUCAGGCCGCGCGAUGGGUGCCGGGGCCUCCGGGAGCGGGCCGGCGCUGCGGGAGCUGGUGCGCGAGGCCGAGAUCAGCCUGCUCGAGUGCAAGGUGUGCUUUGAGCGGUUCGGCCACCGCCAGCAGCGGCGCCCGCGCAACCUGCCCUGCGGCCACGUGGUCUGCCUGGCCUGCGUGGCCGCCCUGGCGCACCCGCGGACGCUGGCCCUCGAGUGCCCCUUCUGCCGGCGAGCCUGCAGGGGCUGCGACACCAGCGACUGCCUGCCGGUGCUGCACCUCCUGGAGCUCCUGGGCUCUGCGCUGCGCCCGGCCCCAGCCGCCCCCCGCGCCGCCUCCUCCGCCCCCGGGGUCCUCACCUGCCACCACGCCUUCGGAGGCUGGGGGACCCUGGUCAACCCCACUGGGCUGGCGCUGUGUCCUAAGACGGGGCGAGUCGUGGUGGUGCACGACGGCAGGAGGCGUGUCAAGAUCUUUGACGCUGGGGGAGGAUGUGCCCAUCAGUUUGGAGAGAAGGGGGACGCUGCUCAGGACAUUAGGUACCCACUUGACGUCACCGUCACCAACGACUGCCAUGUGGUUGUCACCGACGCCGGCGACCGCUCCAUCAAAGUGUUUGACUUCUUUGGCCAGAUCAAGCUUGUCAUCGGAGGCCAGUUCUCCUUGCCUUGGGGUGUGGAGACCACCCCUCAGAAUGGGGUCAUGGUAACUGAUGCGGAGGCGGGGUCCCUGCACCUCCUGGAAGUCGACUUUCCAGAAGGGGUCCUCCGGAGAACUGAACGGUUGCAAACUCACCUGUGCUAUCCCCGGGGGGUGGCGGUGUCCUGGCUCACCGGGGCCAUUGCGAUCCUAGAGCACCCCCUGGCUGUGGGGACCGGGGCCUGCAGCACCACGGUGAAGGUGUUCAGCGCAAGUAUGCAGCUCAUCGGCCAGGUGGAUGCCUUUGGGCUGAGCCUCUUUUUCCCCUCCAAAAUAACCGCCUCCGCUGUGACCUUUGAUCACCAGGGGAACGUGAUUGUUGCCGAUACUUCUAGUCAGGCUGUCCUAUGCUUAGGAAAACCUGAGGAAUUUCCAGUACUGAAGCCCAUCAUCACCCACGGUCUUUCCCAUCCUGUGGCACUGACCUUCACCAAGGAAAAUUCUCUUCUUGUGCUGGACAGUGCAGCCCAUUCUGUAAAAGUCUAUAAGGUUGACUGGGGGUGAUGGUGGGAGUCUUGGGGCCUGGCAUCAGAAGCCCUGGAGCUGCCACUGCUGAAUUGUUGAACCCUGGAUAAAUUACUUAAUCUCAUCUGUUCAACAGAGAUAAUUAUAAGUGCCUGGUAGACUUACAAAGGUUGGGACAAUUAUUAAAGAAUAAUAAUUAAAUCUACGAUUUAUGGAUUAUGUACUCCCUGUGCUAAGAAAUUUGCUAAUAUUAGCUCCUUUAAUCCUUAUAAUUACCCAAUUUCUAUUAUGAAUCCCAUUUUAGAGAUGAGAAAACUGAGACCCAGAGAGCUUAAGUGAUUUACACAAGGUCACAUUUACUUACUAUGACGGUCACAAAUGGAGCUCAGUUCUGACUCCAAAACCCCUUGCUCUUAAAAAAGAUAACAGAUGUGGAAAAAUAUAUGUGGGUGUAUAUUGUUGCUAUGUGUACUCUAUUUACAGGUAGCUAUUUAGUUAGAUGCACAGAGAAAGGAGACUUUAUAGAGUUCAAGAGAAAAAGGAUUUUGUGGUGGACAUCAGUUUAGUUCAACUUGCAGUUCCUUUGGUGGCUCAUUAGAUGGAGUUACUGUGGAUCCUGAGUUACUUGAAUAAGAAAAACAAUUGAAAUUGCUUAUUCAAAAGGUCAACGCGUCUCUUAGUACCUGUAUCUCCUCCGCUGUAGGUACUCAGGAAAUACUACUUGGUUGGUUGAGAAAGGCUUGUGUUGACGUAAGUUCUAAACUCCUGCGGAACGCUCUACCCCUAUACUCUGUGUUAGAGGGCUGGAUGAUAUUUCUGUUCAUGUUAAUAAAGAGAGAAGUCACCACAA